GAAACUUUUUUGCAGCCCGUGUGAAUCAUAAUGCCUCGUAGAAAGUCUCUCUUGUAGCUGUUUCUUCCUCUCCACACAAAACACAUACACCCGACCGACCGACUUUUCUCUUCCUUCACAGAGCUCGUUAAUACCUUACCUGCUUUUUCCUCCUCUUGAGUUUUUCUCUCACCUAAGAUCUCUCUCGCCCGGCAGGCAGUUUCAGUCGCAAACCCGGCGGUCCACCUUUCCGCACCUUUCCACACCCCGGCACCAUGCCUUCCAUUGACACUCCCGUCGAGAUCAACGAAGAUGUUCGAAUCCUCGGCUAUGACCCUCUGAUCCCUCCCGCACUCCUCCAAAGUGAGAUCCCCGCGACUCAGGCCUCGAUCGAGACGGUGUCCCGGGGCAGAAGAGAAUGCAAAGAGAUCAUCCACCAGCGCGACGACCGGCUACUCGUCAUGGUCGGACCUUGCUCGAUCCACGACCCGGCCACGGCCCUCGAGUACGCCGGCCGCCUGAAACAACUCGCCGAGAAGCUCUCCCCCGACCUGUGCAUCAUCAUGCGGGCGUACCUCGAGAAGCCCCGGACCACGGUCGGCUGGAAGGGCCUGAUCAACGACCCGGACAUUGACGAAUCCUACAAGAUCAACAAGGGCCUGCGAGUGUCUAGGCAACUCUACGCCGACCUCACGGGCAUGGGCAUGCCCAUCGCCAGUGAAAUGCUCGACACCAUCUCCCCCCAGUUCCUCGCGGACCUCAUCUCCCUCGGCGCCAUUGGCGCCCGGACCACCGAGUCCCAGCUGCACCGCGAACUGGCCUCGGGCCUGUCGUUCCCCAUCGGCUUCAAGAACGGCACGGACGGCUCCCUGGGCGUGGCCAUCGACGCCGUGGGCGCCGCCGCGGCCCGCCACCACUUCAUGGGCGUCACCAAGCAAGGCCUCGCCGCCAUCACCAAGACGAGCGGGAACGAGGACGGCUUCGUCAUCCUCCGGGGCGGGUCCAAGGGCACCAACUACGACGCCGACAGCGUCAAGGCCGCGAGGGAGGCCCUGAGGAAGAAGGGACACGAGGAGGUCAUGAUGAUCGACUGCUCGCACGGCAACUCCAAAAAGGACCACCGCAACCAGCCCAAGGUGGCCCAGACCAUCGGCGACCAGGUCCGGCGGGGCGAGGACGCCAUCGUCGCCGUCAUGAUCGAGUCCAACAUCAACGAGGGCAACCAAAAGGUCCCCGCCGAGGGCGGCCUCGCCAGCCUGCAAAAGGGCAUCAGCAUCACCGACGCCUGCAUCAACUGGGACACCACCGUCGACGUCCUCGAGCAACUGGCCGACGCCGUCCGGACAAGGCGACAGGUCCGAGCCAAGCAGCAGAAUGGCACCAACGGUGUUAAUGGACACCAUUGAUUCAGUCCGUUACGGAACUAAACUUUUUGUGUUCGACCGAACGGGGGAUUUGCUUUUUUUCCCCCAUCAAACAACCAUAAUAAGCGCAGUGAACGAGGCAAUGCGACGCGAACGGUGUUGGAUGUAUUUUUUUUGCUGCCGGCACCUGGAGCGGCGUCUCGGGACUUUCCUUGUCCUCCUGAGCAGCAUCUUCCAAGCGAGGCUUCGAAGUUUUGCAUCUCUUUUUUUUCUGCGUCGCAAAUGGAAUGCAACUUCAGCGAAUCUUGUUAAAAUUGGGAAAAGAAAAAAAGGUCUCGGUUGUCAUCUCUUCACUCUACCUUUGGUUGCUUUUUGCUCCGACAAUGCAAGGGAAAAAAGGGGGCGCAUUUCUUUUUUUCCCCUUAAAAAAAAAGGGGAACGACGUGUUACAUACAGGGGACAUGAGCUUGGGAUUUGCUUGGGGCAAAAUUUCACAUGGCAUCGUACCAAAGAAAAUCAAGGAUCAACGUCAAGAUAUCAAGAAAAAGCCCAUAGAAGAAAGGCCACUUAUUACAGCUGUUAAGAAGGAUUCACGUCCCAGUCCAGUCCAUCCAUAUCCGCACCAGUGCUAUGCGAUGAUAGUCCUAC